AGUUCUAAGUUUCAAUUCCGUGUCUAGUUUGGUUUCUCUGCUAAUGUCUCUCCCUAAUGAUUCUGGAGCCACGCGUGUGGAUAAUUUGUGAGCGCGGACUCUCCGGUUUACAAGAAACCCACUGACCAGAAAAGAACAUGGCAGACGAGAAACAAACAAUUAACAGAAUCGAAACAGACACAGAUCCUGUUUCCCAGUGUCUUGAAAACUUCAGUGAUGGGAGCCUUUAUAAGGUGACAACAUUCUAUCGGAAUAGACUGGAACAGGCAAUUGAAGAAGCGGUGAAAGGUGUCAGCUUGGUGUUAACGUAUGAGGGAUAUUUCAAUGGCCAGGAACAUCAGAAAGUCACUGAACUGGCAGACAAUGGAGAACAGGCAGAAAGCACCAAACUUCUUCUGAACCUGGUAAUAGAAAAAGAUGCUGGAGCCCGAAGGAUGAUGUGGAAAUCCUUUGUGAAAAUGCGUAAUGGUGUCCCAAAGUUGGACAAAAUAUUGGCAGAAAUAGAGCAAAUUGGUCCUUCUGUGGCGCAUUAUGCAGACUGCAGGGAAGAGAUAACAGAGCUGCCCAAAUACUUGAAGGAUGCUCAAGAACAACACAAAGAGAUACUGCGACAGAGAAAUGAAACACUUGAUUUGAACACUAUUCUAAUCAAGGAGAAGGUUAAAAUUUCUCAUUUGAAUGCACGGUACACUGAGCUGACAAUUAUUUCUCCCGUUCGUCAUCGAAAACUGAUAGAGCAUGAACUUAUUGCACGUGGCAGGGAUCAUGAAGAAUGGAGAGAGAUGCAUCUCCGGAGGGAACUGGAAAAAAUACGCAUCGAUCAAUUGUUCCGAAGUUGCUUUUCACAAGACUAUCAGUGCCAUACUGGAAAGGGACAAGUUGUACAAAUUCAUUCAGGUUGUUCCGUCGUUGUCAGUGGAGUCCCAGGAAUUGGGAAGACAACACUACUACAAAAGAUAGUUUACGACUGGGCCAGUGGGAACAUUUACCCACAUUUUCAAUUUGUCUUCAGUUUUAAAUUCCAUGAGUUGAAUACUAUUAACUGGAAAUCGACUUUAAAAGAAAUGAUUCUGUUGUUCUAUCCUUAUUUGGAGAAAUUUGUGGAAGAUCUCUGGAAAAAUCCAGCCAGUUUGCUGUUUAUAUUUGACGGUUUAGAUGAAUUCAAGGACAGCAUCGAAUUUCUUGACAGUCAGUCAGAUGCAGCACCUCAAUCAAUAUGCAUGGACCCAGAGAUCCCCUGCAAAGUGUCUGAUAUUGUCAGCAGUUUAAUACAAAAGCAACUCCUCCCAGGGUGUUCAGUAUUAUUGACCAGCCGACCAAGUGAACUGCAAUUAUUGGAAAAAGCUGACAUUAGUGUGUGGGCUGAAAUACUUGGAUUUGUUGGGGAAGAACGGAAAGAAUAUUUCCAAAAGUGCUUUGGAGAUCAGACGGUGGCAGCAGCUGUUUUCAAACAUGUGGAAGAGAAUGAGAUCCUGUACACCAUGUGCUACAACCCUUCCUACUGCUGGAUUCUCUGUCUCUCACUGGGUCCCUUCUAUACACAAGGAAACAGGAAACAGCAGCAAGUACCCAGGACCAUUACCCAACUAUAUUCCUACUAUAUUUACAACCUUCUGAAAAACCACGGCCGAGGGAUUGAAAACCCCCGUGAUGUGUUACUGAAGAUCGGUGAGAUGGCCUUGACAGGUGUCUUUGAGAAACAGAUUGUCUUUAGAAAUGAGGAUCUGAUCAAAUAUAAUCUUCAGCCUUCACAGUUCCUGUCUGGGUUCAUGUUGGAAAUUUUUGAGAGGAAUGAUUCUGCCCGGUGUGUGGUUUACACGUUUCUGCAUCUCACCAUCCAAGAGUUUGUAGCUGCACUCGCACAAUUCCUGACUCCCAAUCUCGAGGACAUCCAGGAACUGCUCAAUAACGUUCAGAGCAAGGAGGAUGGGAGAUUCGAGAUAUUUCUUCGCUUUGUCGCUGGACUGUCCUCCCCCCAGGCAGCUCGGCCCUUGGAGGAGCUUGUCGGUCCAUUUCUUCAUCAAACAACCUGCCGAGUUAUUGACUGGGUGCAGGAGAAGGUUGAAAAACAGAUUGGUAAUACUGGAAGCAAAAGUGGGAAAAGGGAUCUUCUGAAUACUCUGCACUAUUUGUUUGAGUCCCAGAAUAAAGCCCUGGCACAGACCACAUUGGGGUCUGUGGAAAGACUUCAAUUUGGGGAUUCGGACUCACAGAAAGCUUUGCAACUGAGCCCAAUUGACUGUGCCGUAUUGUCUCAUGCCAUUGGACUUUGUCAUACAAUAAAACAUCUGGAUCUACGGAACUGCUAUAUUCAGUCUGAAGGGCUCCAAAGGCUGGAACCUUCACUGCACAAAUGCCAAGUGUUGAGGUUGGAGGGAAAUGAUCUUGAUGACUCGGGAAUGCAAUUACUGUGCUUGGUUCUGAAGCACCCAAAAUGUAAAAUUGAGGCACUGGGGUUAGCUGACAAUGGUCUCACAGCUUCUUGUACUGAGAAUCUCAGCUUUGUUCUCAGCACAAACCGGUCACUGAAGGGCCUGUACCUGGGUUAUAAUAAUUUGGGAUGUUCUGGAGUAAAACACUUAUCUGUGGCUCUGAAGCACUUGGACUGUGAAAUACAGAAACUUGCUCUGAAUGAUAAUGAGCUUACAGAUUCUUGUGUCAAAGAUCUCACUUCUGCUCUGAGUACAAACCGGUCCCUCACGGAGCUGAACCUGAACAAUAAUAAACUUGGAGACUCAGGAGUAAUAUUGUUAUCUGAUAGCCUGAGAAAGCCAGACUGUAAAAUACAGGAAUUGAGAUUAGCUGAUAAUGCACUCACAGAUUCCUGUAUCAAGGUUCUUGCAUCUGCUCUCAGUACAAGCCGGUCACUGACAGUUUUGUCGCUGUGGUCAAACUCCUUAACUGACCAAUCUAUUCCUGCUCUCAGCCACCUCAUACUGAAUUGUGAGAGUCUGCAGUGUAUCUGGAUCGGAGAGAAUUCAUUUACUUCCAAUGGAGAAGAACAGCUGCACUUGCUGCAGAAAUCCAGAAGUGGCUUUAGAGUGGAAAUAAGGAUGUUCGGGUCCAUUGUUACAGUGAAACCAUUGGGAACAUUCAAACCUUCAGGAAAGAGGGAGAGUGAAAGAGAAGUUACAAGCAUACAAAGUGAGAAGAGAGAUACAGACCAAGAGGUGACCAGAAGCAGAGAGUGAAAGAAGAUAUUGGUCACUGCGCAAUGUUUCUUUAUACUGUGUCUAAUCUCGUGAUGUAUCUGCCCUGGGGACAGUGUAAAGAGAGAGAUUUACUCAGUAUAACAACAUCUACUUGACUUGGACUGAUGAGUGUUUGAUGUGGAUAGAGCAGAGGAGAUUUACUUUAUGUCUAAAUUACAGUGGCCUAUGCUGAGAAAGCAAGAUGAAGAUAGUGUAGAGGGAGGUUCAUUUUGCAUUUAACUUCAUAUUGUUCCUGCCUUGGGAACAGUGUAGAGAGAGCUUUACACUAUCUAACCCCAUGCUAUACGUGCCCUGGGAGCGUUUGAUGUGAGCAGCAUAAUGGGAGUUUACUCUGUAUCUAACCACAUGCUGUACCUGUCCUGUGAGUGUUUAAUAGGGACAGUAUUGAGGAAGGUUUACUUUCAGAUUUGGAAGUAACCCCCUCUCUCUUUACAUCUGUGAAUAUUAUUGAUUGUAUGAAUUUUGAAGCUUAUCUCCCAGUCUUUGAUAUUGUACAUGAGAGUGAGAUUCAAUUUGCAUGCAGGGUCUCUGUUAUUCUUUGUAUGUCUAAUGGAUUAUCUACAUAUAUUAAAUGUUUAUUUCCAUAUUUGUGUUUGCAAUUGUAUCUUUAAUAUUGUAAUGUACAAAUAGUUUUCU